CUAGGUACUUCCAGGGGCUCAUACCCUUUUACUCACAUGAAGAACCCUCAGCAUCGUCGUUUGUACCACGGGUGCUAUGGGGACAUCAUGACCAUGGACGCCUCUGGUGCUUCCUGUGAUACAGACAGCUUGAUUAACUGUGGGAUCCGUGGUUCUGAGAUGUUUGCUGAGAUGGAUUUGAGGGCCACAACGCCUUAGCAGGUUAUAAUCAAAGAGGUCGGGCAAAGGCACUGCGUGGACCCAGCUCUCAUUGCAGCCACCAUCUCCAGAGACAGCCAUGGUGGAGCCAUCCUGCAGAAUGGCUGGGACCACAGUGGACUGAAAUUGGGCUUGAUGCAGCUUGAUAAGAAAAUUCAUGACCCCGUUGGUGCCUGGGACAGCAAAGAGCACCUUUUUCAGGGUGUUGGGAUUCUAACAGACAGAAUUAAGGCAAUCCAGAAAAAACUCCCCACGUGGAAUGUGGCUCAACAUGUCAAAGGUGGUCUUUCAGCCUUUAAGUCAGGGAUCAAAACCACAGUCACCCCUGUGGACAUAGACACAGACUUUGUCAAUGAUCUUUUUGCCCGAGCUAAACUCUACAAAAGACAUGGCUUCUAG